UCAGUCAGGGCUGGGAAGGUGCUGAGAAGUGCCUGGGGCAGAAUCACUGCCAGCCCUUGGCACAGGAACCUCUGGCUGCAGGACAAGGCAGCUGCAGCUCCUGCAGUGAUCUCCUCAAGCUGGAACAUCCCAAUGCCCACAGACCCUGGAAAAUGUGGGAAGCUGAUCAACCUCCCCCAGAGAAUGGUUAAAGCCCAGAGAAACUCAGAACAGGUGAGAAGGACAGACCAUCUCCCCUCACUCCCCACUCUCCACUUUCACAGAACUUGCUCUUUUCUCCCUGACGGCAGCAGAAAUGCUGAGGGUUUCUGACAUCCAAGAACACCAGGACAAAUAUAGGGGAGCUUGUGAAGAAAACCCCAGAACUCUUGAACAAAGAAGUGUGUCUCUGUAUUCCUGGGCAGGGUGUAUGGGAAAUGGCUUUGAUUUUGGUUACAGGUAUCUCCUCUAACUCUUCCCUGUCCUUUCUCCAUGAACAGGUCCCCCUGUGCAGCCACAGCAAAUGUCCAACAGCAGCUCCAUCAGCCACUUCCUCCUGCUGGCACUGGCAGAGACGCGGCAGCUGCAGCUCCUGCACUUCUGCCUCUUGCUGGGCAUCUCCCUGGCUGCCCUCCUGGGCAACGGCCUCAUCAUCAGCGCCGGAGCCUGCGGCCACCACCUGCACACGCCCAUGUUCUUCUUCCUGCUCAACCUGGCCCUCAGCCACCUGGGCUCCAUCUGCACCACUGUCCCCAAAGCCAUGCACAACUCCCUCUGGGACACCAGCACCAUCUCCUACUCAGCAUGUGCUGCUCAGCUGUUUCUGUUUCUCUUCAUCUCAGCAGAGUUUUCCGUUCUCACCAUCAUGUGCUACGACCGCUACGUGUCCAUCUGCAAACCCCUGCACUACGGGACCCUCCUGGGCAGCAGAGCUUGUGCCCACAUGGCAGCAGCUGCCUGGGCCACUGCCUUUCUCAAUGCUCUGCUGCUCACGGCCAAUACAUUUUCCCUGCCCCUGUGCCAGGACAAUGCCCUGGGCCAGUUCUUCUGUGAAAUCCCACACAUCCUCCAGCUCUCCUGUUCCAAAUCCUACCUAAGAGAAUUUGGGCUCAUUGUGUUUCCCAUUUCUUUUCUAUUUGGCUGCUUUGUGUUCAUUGUUUUCUCCUAUGUGCAGAUCUUCAGGGCUGUGCUGAGGAUCCCCUCUGAGCAAGGAUGGCACAAAGCCUUUUCCGCCUGCCUCCCUCACCUGGCUGUGGUCUCCCUGUUCCUCAGUACCGGCACAUUUGCCUACCUGAAGCCCCUCUCCAUUUCCUCCCCAUCCCUGGAUCUGGCCCUGUCAGUUCUGUACUCGGUGGUGCCUCCAGCCCUGAACCCCCUCCUCUACAGCCUGAGGAAUUCAGAGCUCAAGGCUGCACCGUGGAGACUGAUGACUGGACCAUUUCAGAAACAGUAGACUUAUGGCCUAUUCCCCAAAUCACAUCAAAUAAAAGUAAUCUUUGAUUCUU